UCGAACAGCGCGCAAAAGUAUAAUAGUAGUAAACGUAGCCCCACUUUGAGGGGGUCUCUCUGAACAUUUUAUGCUGUCGCAGUACAAUGGCAUUAUUUAAUCCUUUUCGUGAAAAUGUGUCGGUUCCACAAAUGCCUGUACCAACGGUUCCGACAAGCGUGAGCCCCAAGGGUGCAUCCCCAAAUUUUCCCGAAGGUGGUUUUCGCGGUCGAGGCGCCGGGCGAUUUUCACAAGGGAGACCCCGAAGAGGAAAAGGGUUACCAUGGGGAUUUCGUGGUUGCGCCGGAAAACGUGGAAGGAGUGAACGAUUUACGGAAACUUACAGAAAUAGUUCAGAAACUACUUUGGAAAGUGAUGAAGUGUCACUGGAAUUUCAAUGUGAAGCGUGUGAACGUGUAUUUUUCAGUCAAGAAGAUCUGAAGGAGCAUUUCAAUCUUCACGUCAGCUGUCCCUACUGCAAGUACGCCGCUCUGCAACAACUAGUUGAUCUUCAUGUUAAGCUGAUUCACGAUAAGCACCUUGCAUCCAAGGUCAUGGAGCAAAGUCCUGAAGAAAUAGCGGAAUAUCUCGCGGAGAGACGCCGAAAGUUCCCGAGAAGAAAGGUUGAAUCAGAGAGGCCGCAAGAUGAAACCUCAAUUUCGACAGACUGUACUGCUGCACAAGAAAAAAAAGGAGUUAUUCAUCAAGAUAAUGUUCGGGGAAAUAAACGAGGAAAAUUUGGCCACACUAUUAUAAAGGACUGCAAAGACAGAAACGAUGAGACGAAUGGUUUUUCACAAGGCCGACGAUCACGAAAUCGGAAACGAAAUCGUGGCCGACAAAUGCGCAAAAAAAAAUUCCAACAGCCAGUUGUUCCACUAGAAGACAAAGAACCUCAGAUUGUCGGAGGCGUUCAGCGGUUCAAGGGUCUAGGGUUGACCAGCAUGGCCGCCCCGAAAAAUACUGACGAUGAGCCAACAGCUGCCGGGCAAGGUAACAUUUCCGACGUCGAUGACUAUUUACCAACUACUCCAACGCAGCGUCCAUUUGCCGCGUCUAGGGCUUUAGCGUCACUAAUGGUGUGCUAUGCUGACUCAGAUGACGAAGACGUGUCGAAGGCUCCCGUCAUCAAAGUGGCCCGAUUUGAAGAUCAAAGUGUACCACAGAAUCGAAAUAAUCAAGUGAAAACGCAUCUGCGCAGUAACAAUUCCAAUCCUAACCCUUGUUUGCAACAACUGGAGUCAUUGAAAGUAUCGGAUCUACAAUUAAAAGAAGAAUCUGUUACUAAAGGUUCGAUGCCGAUUAUGGCCCCAUCUGUCCCGAGGAAACCAACCCAGAAUGACAGCCCAGUGGAUCCCGAAGUCCGAGCUGUGCUCGGUUCACUUGUGGAUAAAUUGGCAUCCGCUGGUUCAAAAAAACGCGUCCCGCCAGUUGUGCAAAUAAGUAACAGGAAGCUGUCACUAUUGGAAAAACUUCUUGCCAAAGAUAUACGUCAUGAAAGAAACAUUCUUCUUCAAUGCGUUGAUUUUGUUGUUCAAAAAAAAUUUUUCGAUGGCAUGAAUUAUGAUGUAUAAGAGUAUGUUUAAUAAAGGCGCAAGCAUAUAUCCACUGUAUUAAUCUACUGUACCUUGCACACCGUUUGGUGCAGCUUUUGUAAAUACACUG